GGCAGCGCCCUGUCCUGGCCUCUGGGAUCUGGUCUGAGGGUUCAGGCCAGACUGGAUGGAAGAGAGCAGAUGUGGCUGAAUGGGUCAGUAGAAGGAAGAUGUCUCCAGAGCACAGCAGGUUAUAUGGAAGGUCCAAGCCUGAAUGAGGACAUCACUUUAUGGGCAUGUGUCAAAAACCACAGCUUGAUCCUGGAUGUGGAGACGAGACACAACGUGGGAAAGCUCAGAGUCUGGGCAGUGUUUCAGUUGGAUCAGCCAAUCAGAGGCUGACGCUCAGAGCAAGUGGCUGUUUGCAGAGUUUAACUGCAGUGGAGGCGCGGGUCCACUAUUUGAGCUCUCAGAUACGGAAUAAGAUGCUGGAGAGAAUCAAGAUGUUACAGCAUCUGCUCAUUGAAUUCAGACGACAGUCCAGAGACAGUGAGCUGCUCCAGGAGCUGAGUGCCCUGACCCUCCAUGUUUCCCAUCAGGCAGAGUCUGUGUUGGGGCAGAAGGACAGAGGUUUGGCAUCUCUGUGGCAGAACAGCCCCCUCCGGCGCAUUGUCACCGACAGCCUGCCUCGCUUUCUCAGCCUACUGCAGCACACCUCACUGCUGGGUCAACAGGAACUGAGGAGACCUUUGGCCACUCUGGCAGGUGUGUACCAGGACGUGAAGGGCCAGAAGCUGGAGGCAUUAUGGAGGGAGGCGGUCUCACAGUGGACUGAGCGGCUGGUGGAGGAACUGCCGGCUUUAAUGGAGAAUCCACAGCUGAGACCUCUGGCUCAGGCUUGUGUUACAGGACUCAGCAUCGCCUUGGAUGUUGCAGGUCAACAUACCUACCACUGGGUCGAGACCAGGCUUGCGAUGGCUCUGUCUGGGGUCAGGAAACGGCUGGCUUCUGUCUACAAGUUCUCCCCCAGGUACAAAACAUGUCUGAGACCAGAUGAAACAUGCUGA